AGAAGCCAUCUGAUUGGUUGCUAUGGGAAGCUGGGCAAUUUUUUCCUCUGCAAAAGGUUUUGAUAAAUCAUCCCCAUAGAGACUAAUGUCCAAGAGCAAUGCCCACCCCCCACCUGACCAUGGGAGACUCCACAGUCACACAAGUCGCCACAAACAGCAAACAGAUUCCAGGGAAACCUUGUCCGGAGAACAAUGCCCGUGAGAGGAACCGUGUCCGGACCCUAAGACAAGCCUUCCUGUCACUACAGGCAGCACUGCCCUCUGUGCCUCCUGACACCAAGUUAUCCAAGUUAGAUGUCCUUGUCCUGGCCACCAGUUACAUCGCCCACCUGACCCAAACCCUGGACCAGGAGAGGCCAACCCCUGCGGGCCCUCAGGCUGGGAGGGGCCCCGGGUACCUGCACCCUAUGAAGAAGUGGCCGAUGCGGUCUCGGCUCUACGCUGAAGCUCUGGAGUCUGAGGUGUCCGGGAGAUCAGCAGCCAAUGAGAUCUCGGGAGGACAAAAAUCUGGAUACAGACUAAAUAAGUGGAACUGAAUGGAUAAGUCCUGUACUGAUCCUGAGUUAUAUCCUGUAUUAUACUCCAGAGCUGUACUCACUAUUCUGCUGGUGAGGUCACUGUGUACAUACAUUACAUUACUUAUCCUGUAUUAUACUCCAGAGCUGUACUCACUAUUCUGCUGGUGAGGUCACUGUGUACAUACAUUACUUAUCCUGUACUGAUCCUGAGUUAUAUCCUGUAUUAUACUCCAGAGCUGUACUCACUAUUCUGCUGGUGGGGUCACUGUGUACAUACAUUACAUUACUUAUCCUGUACUGAUCCUGAGUUAUAUCCUGUAUUAUACUCCAGAGAUGUACUCACUAUUCUGCUGGUGAGGUCACUGUGUACAUACAUUACAUUACUUAUCCUGUACUGAUCCUGAGUAAUAUUCUGUAUUAUACUCCAGAGCUGUACUCACUAUUCUAUUGGUGAGGUCACUGUGUACAUACAUUACUUAUCCUGUACUGAUCCUGAGUUAUAUCCUGUAUUAUACUCCAGAGCUGUACUCACUAUUCUAUUGGUGAGGUCACUGUGUACAUACAUUACUUAUCCUGUACUGAUCCUGAGUUAUAUCCUGUAUUAUACCCCAGAGCUGUACUCACUAUUCUGCUGGUGAGGUCACUGUGUACAUACAUUACUUAUCCUAUACUGAUCCUGAGUUAUAUCCUGUAUUAUACCCCAGAGCUGCACUCACUAUUCUUCUGGUGAGAUCACUGUGUACAUACAUUACAUUACUUAUCCUGUACUGAUCCCGAGUUAUAUCCUGUAUUAUACCCCAGAGCUGCACUCACUAUUCUGCUGGUGAGGUCACUGUGUAUAUACAUUACAUUACUUAUCCUGUACUGAUCCUGAGUUAUAUCCUGUAUUAUACUCCAGAGCUGUACUCACUAUUCUGCUGGUGAGGUCACUGUGUACAUACAUUACAUUACUUAUCCUGUACUGAUCCUGAGUUAUAUCCUGUAUUAUACUCCAGAGAUGUACUCACUAUUCUGCUGGUGAGGUCACUGUGUACAUACAUUACAUUACUUAUCCUGUACUGAUCCUGAGUUAUAUCCUGUAUUAUACCCCAGAGCUGUACUCACUAUUCUGCUGGUGAGGUCACUGUGUACAUACAUUACUUAUCCUAUACUGAUCCUGAGUUAUAUCCUGUAUUAUACCCCAGAGCUGCACUCACUAUUCUGCUGGUGAGGUCACUGUGUACAUACAUUACAUUACUUAUCCUGUACUGAUCCUGAGUUAUAUCCUGUAUUAUAGCCCAGAGCUGUACUCACUAUUCUGCUGGUGAGGUCACUGUGUACAUACAUUACUUAUCCUAUACUGAUCCUGAGUUAUAUCCUGUAUUAUACCCCAGAGCUGCACGCACUAUUCUGCUGGUGAAGCCAAGGCUGCCUGGGCAUGCUGGGAGUUGUAGUUGUGCUGGAGUCAGUCACAGAUGUAGGCUAAGAGAAUGUUCCCACACUGCAGAUAUUCAGAAAGAUGACCCCAGAGGAUGACGGCGGCCAUUGUUGUCAUUCAGCACCAAUAUAAAGGCUGCCGCCCCUCCACCCCCCAGAUCCAUCACACACACAAGACAGCAGGGGGCGCCGCACAGCACUCUGGACCACAUCACUGACUGUAAAGGCUUUUUUAUUGCAUCAGAUUCUGGAAUGACAUCACAGCAAGAAUUUUUAGACGUCAUUUACAAACAAAUAUAAAUGUUACAAAAAUACAACAUCCGGCAGAAUUCAGUGCAACAAAUAACCCAAAGACCUCGCGAUCUUCGCUUUGGCACAGUCAGCGGUCGGCGACCUGGGGGGGAUGGAGGCUUAUGGGAUAUCCAGGCCGAAGAGGCAGCAUAAAGCAAAUAAACCCCAUAAAUGAUAUAGAAGCAGCUGAUUCCUUAUGAUAAUAUAAUACAGGGUAUACGGGGACCUCCCCCUCAGGCGACAGGAGCGGCGCCAUUGACUGACACACUUGGAUCAUUCAAAUACUGAGGGUAAAAAGGCCUUCACCUAAGGCGGCAAGCAGUGAGAACCGGUCAUCACGUUCAUCCUGCCGGUAAUGGUACUCCAGUGAAAUUUUUUUUUUUUAAAUCAACUGGUGCCAGAAAGUUAAACAGAUUUGUAAAUUACUUCUAUUAAAGAAUCUUAAUCCUU